ACUUGAUGCAAUAGACUGAAGUGCUGGGAGCUUGCCAGUGCAAGCAAGCCGGUCGUGUGUGCACUGUUGCGUUUGAAUUCUACAGAUCGAGACGAAACAUGCCGACGCGGCUAUGUACGUGCAAGGCGCAUGCGAAGAUAUCGAGAUGUUCGGGCGAGGCGUAAGGGCGUUUUCAAUAUACCGAAUCAUGUCACUUUCCACACUUGGCGUGGCGCGAAACCUCGUGGAGAGCGUUGCUUCCCUGCACCGCCAUUGCAGCCGGACAGCGAUAUGAUAAAUACUUUCCAUUAUAUGGCAUACACACCGCCCGAAUCCACAAGCAGUCGUCGAACAUGCCAGCACCCAUAGGACGCCGUGAAAUGAUGCGUCCGGUCGAGGUAAGACCACUGUUGCUGGCGCAUCUCCCGCCGGAGCUCGUUGACUGCAUCAUAGACGAGCUACGGUAUAACUCCCGCGCGCCCAUGUGUUUCUCCCUCGUCUGCAAGAUAUGACUCCUCGGUGUUCGAAACAUCUUCCAGUUGUUCCGUGCCAGGUACUCCCCGUUCGAUGCCAGACUUGGAGUAGACCUCCUUCGCUUCAUAUCGUCUUCGACCUGGGUCUCCUCCCACAUACGGCAAUUCGAGAUGUCCCUCGUCCCAGAGCGAAUCGGAACCCUGGCAGCUCUCCUCGAGUAUCUGCCAUGCCUCGAGUCUCCCGCGCACGUAGGCCUAACCCCCAGCUGCUCUAACGUCCCCACUCGACACUACACCAAGGAGCUCCCUGCAUGCACUGGCCGCUCUUUGCGACGCCUGUCCAUGCCCUGGCUGACCGUGGACGUCAUCUCGCGCAUGCAAGGUCUCUUCUCCGUCGUCUGCACGCUCCAUGUCUCCCACGGUAUGUGCGCUGUGCAUCACUUGCACGCACACGCCGUGCCUUUGCACGUCCCCUGACAGAGCCCUCGCGCGCCUGGUGCAGUCUACUGCACUGGAGAGCCUCGUGGCCGAACCCGGCGGGACAUACUGCUCUCAUUUUGCGCUUAACGAACUGAACAAACUCUUCGAGACCGCCGGGCCGCACUUCAGGCACUUUGAGCACACCCACACCAUCCAGCAAUGACUCGUGUCCCAGUCCG